AUGUCCGUCCUCGCGACGGUCGCCGCCGAUAUCGACUGGGCCACGGUACUCGCCUACGCGUUCACCGUCAUGGCCGCGUACGUCGCCCUCACCGUGGCGGCGGUCGCGUCUCCCAUCGCCCGUCGGAUACUUUUCAAGUCGAGGCUGUACGCUCGGGGAAUCGCGCACAUGGUGCUGAGCCGAGAGAAGAAGAACUGGCCCAAGCAGCGAGGCAACGGCGUUCCCGUCGGGAAAAAUAUCAUCACCAAGCGCAUCGUCUUCAUCAGGCACGGCGAGAGCACCUGGAACCAGGUGUUCAACCGAGGAUUCGGAUACCGAUUCCCGUUCCGCCUGUUCGAGGGUGUCCUCACCGAGGUUGUCGGCCUGCUCUCCCGCUCGUCCUUCUUCUUCGACGCGCCGCUGUCCGACCUCGGAAACCUGGAGGCGAAGAAGCUUCGCGCGUUCCUCACCUCCAAGGAGGACGGACCAGUCGGCAAGGACGCAGACGCCCUCGCCGGCGUCAAGGGCACGUCGAUCCUGGUCACCUCCAACCUGCGCAGAGCCGCGCAGACGAUGGCUGUCGCGUUCUGGGACCGCGUCGCGGUGACCGGCGAGAAGAUCUACGUGCUGUCGUGCCUGCAGGAGAUGGCGCGUAACGUGGACACGUGCGCGCUCGCGGGUCCCGGCGAGCCCGUCCCGCUCCGCGGCAUCGAGGAACAGAUCCCCGACAUUCAAAACGUCCCGGCGGGGCCCAUCCGCGCCUUGCUGGAGCGCAGGCGGGUCACCGACAGCGGCAGCGUCGUCGCCGAGAGCGGACACUUCAACGCGGGUAACAAACCGCUGAUGCGCAACGGCCACGCGUCCAUGCUCGAGUUUGCGCACUGGUCCGCCGCGCAGGACGCGUCAACAAUAAUCGUCGGCGGGCACUCCCUCUGGUUUAAAGAGUUCUUCAAGUGCUUCAUCAAACCCGAGCAGGAGCACGUCGCGCAGCGCAAGAAGAUCGUCAACUGCGGCGUCGUCGCCUUCGACCUCAAGUGCGGGACGGACGCCAGCGGAAACGUCGGCUUCAGCAUCGAUAGCUCUUCCGUGCGCAUCGUGUACGGCGGAUUCGGCAAGUGA